AUGGAGCACGCCUUGCAAUCACUCACGAACACGCUUGACGCAAUCAACUCGCGUCAGGCUGCUGCACGCAAACGCGCCAGGAAGGGACUCGACGCUACUCCGUUCACCUCGGCCGUCCUGAAUCGCGAGGGCUUCGAGAUUACCACUUACAUCCGCGAUGCCGACAUUCAGACAGAGGCCAAUCUAUUCUGGUAUCCUCCUCUUCCGCAGUCUGCCUCCGCCUCUCGCGCCGGUCCCAGCUCUUCCAACCACAGGUCGGCUCACAUCGCCUCCACUCGCUCGGGUGGCACAGAUGACCCCAACGAAGCUGAUCUCUUGCUCGCGCCUCGUUUACCCGAGCCCCGCCAUGUCGCUCCUCCCACGCCCUUGCGCAACACCAAUGUGUCCAACAAGCAGACCUUCCAGUCUCAGGAUGACUCCGGCGUCGAUGCACGCGUUCUGCUCCUUGCAGCUCAGCGUCUCAAUGAUACAUGCGGUAAAGGCUCCCGAACUCGCAAGCACAUCAAAGCCAUGUUGAAACAGUAUGCCACAUACAACCACGAUAUCAAAGCCUACGAGCAGCACAUUCGUCAAAGCGAAGCACAACUCCGCGCCACCGCAGAGGGCAAACCCAUCGCCGCGUCGCAGCAGCUUUCGUCCAGCGAUCUUGACGUUUCUCACGGUCAAACAUCCCGUUCUGCUAUCGAUCAGCUCCAGGCGAAUCUGGCAACCGCCCAAGACAGAAUUCAGAAGGAGGAGCUCGAGAUUCUCGCUCUCGAGGAAAUGAUCGAGGAGCUGCGGCAAGCACGCUCCGAUUGGCAAAGACAAGAGCUCGAACGUCAGCAAAGGGCCCAAGCACAAGCAGAGGCUGCCAGGAUGCUACCUCGAGAACAAACUUUCCAGCGCGCAUUCCCACGCGCUUCUUUGGCUAAAGCACAGCAAGAAGACGUCACCAUUCAGCAUGAAACGUCCCACGCUGACACUGUCGCCGAAGGUGACGACUUGGUCGAUAGCACCGUCGACGUCACUCAACAGACACAAGACGACGAGGAUCAGGAGCAAGACCAAGAGCAGGUGCACCAAUUGACCUACAGCUCAGCACAUCAUGGCACCGUCGAUCAGCAAGACCAGCACGAGUCCGUCGUCGAAACAGCCCAUCACGAUAUCUCCGUUUCGCAAUCGUUUGGUGACCAGGCCGACCUCACUAUCCAGCAACCUCGCGAGCAAGAGUCUAAUGAGCUGAUUGCAGACAUCGCGGACACGUCUGCAGCCAUUGAUCCCGUCCCUGUCGCAGAAGAAACACAUGUUGCUUCUCCCCAGAAACAGCCUCCGCAUCUCUUGGUCAAUGCGACCCAAAGCUCCCAAGAGCUCGACAGGGCUACCCAAAGGGUCUGGGAGGUGUUUGGCGAUGCUCUCCGAUCCGUCGUUCCCGAGCGCGAGGCCGCCGACUACUUCGACACGCUCGAUGCCUUGAAAUCGCUCAUGAGCGGCGGUAACGCACCCAAUGCCGGUGAUUACUCGGUGGGCUCCGUUCAGACGUCUUCCACCCUCUCCACCUCCGCCAGCGAGGCAUCUGCUGCCGUUGCAGCUCAGCUCACGCCUGAGGUUCUUAUGACCGCCUUUGUCAUCUUCCAGAUGCUCGUAUCUGAGGAACCGCACCGCAUGAACAUCGAUGAGCUCAAGAUGCGCGGGCACGAAUGGUGGUCCACUUCCGGCAUGCAGGUCUGGCUCCACGCGCAAUCUCAUGACGAGCACGACGUUCCAGGUCGCGUCGAAGCGUUUGAAGACGGCCAGAACCUGGCGAGGAAAGCAACCUAUGGCAUGAUCUCGAGGCAGCUCUUUGCCAUCAGGCGACAAAAAGGGGUUGGCCUCGUUGGUUUUGCUUGA